CACACCGGUCACAUCGGUCACACCGGCCUCGCCUGGGUGCACUGACAUGAUCAGCUAGUGAUUCGCAUUUGAGUUUGGCGCAAUGGGGAACUUUGAGUGGCCAUGGCAGUAUGAAUUUCCACCAUUUUUCUCAUUGCAACCAAAUUUGGAAACGAGGAAAAAGCAGCUACUAGCUUGGUGUGAUCUCUUUUUAGCAUUUCACAAACACCAUAGAAUAUACACAGUAGAUCUGAAGGAAGCAGCAAGCAGUGAAUUAUUUAACAAUACAAAGCUCAACAGGAAGUUGUCAGGAGAAGGAAUAUUGUUAGUCUUGGAAGAAUUAAGGCAGAAGGGAAACAUUGAAUGGACAGAUAAAGCCAAGACCAGAUGUCUGGUAAUGUGGAGGACACCUGAAGAAUGGGGAAACCUCAUUUAUAAAUGGGCCGGCAAUAGUGGAAUGACCAACACUGUAUGUACACUGUACGAGAUUGCACAGGGAGAAGACACCACAAAUGAAGAGUUCCAUGGACUAGAAGACUGGCUGCUGAAGAGAUCAUUGAAAUGUCUAGAAAGAGGAAGGAAGGCAGAACUAAUGGCCUUUGAUGGGAAUGAAGGAGUUAAAUUCUUCUGAACAUUGAUUUCUUAUAAAGCUAUGUGAAGUCACUCAUGAAUAGCUAGAAGGGCAUUAAUGCCAUUUAACUGUUUAUGAGUUAAUGCCCUUCUAGUUCUCAGCUGGAAAAAAAUCUCAGUGGGCAUUUAUGGACUGGAAGUGAUGAUUUGCUUUAAGCCUAUCUACACUGGUUUGACCAGAAGGGAUUAGACCUCUCUGCGUGGUCACUGGCAGGUGGUUAUCUCAUCAACUCAGCUCUCAACUAACAUAAGAAAAGGGGACCAUGGAGGAUCAAUGGGUUGUCUGUAUAGAGGAAGCAAGUAGCUACAAGUAGUGUAGUCCUGCUUUAAAGACCUUAUCCUAUGAAAAUGCAACUUUAUAUCCAUAGAAAGCUGAAUGAACCUAGAAUACAAAUAUAAAGGAGUAACAAAUAUUUUCCCUUUCAGUGUUGCACUAAAGCAAAUAAAAGCCUUCAAAUUACAGGUUAAUAUGGGUUUGACGCAGUUACGGUGACGACAUAACACGUCCACCCGAUCGGCUCGCCUAUAUAGCUGAGGCCAUGAGCCAUGCUUAAUUAAUGCAAAGUCAUUGUGAAUAUGCAUACUCCACGAUGUCAUCAGGUCAAUGUUUUUUUUUUAUGGUGAACAACUUCUGAUUUUCCAAAGCUUCAGAUUUUUUUUAAAGGGCUGUCAUUGCUCUGACAAACCAUAAAAUAGCAUAUAACUGA